UGGCCAAUGAGAAAGAUGAAGCGGAAAGGAGGCGUGGCCAGGCGGCGGCGUGGCCAGAGGGACCUGUGGCGUCACAACAAAAGCUGCGCACGCAACUGCUGUCCCCGCCCAUCCCAGGAGAGGAGCGGGGCAGGUUGCCGUUGGGUGCGCGCGCACCUUUCUGUGCGACCGUUCGAGCUCGCGGUCAACCUGAGAGGCCGUUCUCCGACUCCCGCCCUGGACCCUCUUGCGCCACUCAACCCCCUGAUCCGGGGGCCUCGGACCCCUGGGCUCAGGAGGACUGAAUCAGGACUUACCCGAAGUUGCCGCGGGGCCUUCCGAUCCCCUAGACCAUCGCCCAAAUCUGGCCAGGCUGAUCAGACCAGUGAGGAGUCUCUGCUUCUUGACAUUCAGAAACUGAAGGAGAAGAGGGACAUGCUGGACAAGGAGAUCUCCCAGUUCAUAUCUGAAGGCUACAGUGUGGAUGAACUGGAGGACCACAUUACCCAGCUUCACGAGUACAAUGACAUCAAGGAUGUGGGGCAGAUGCUGAUGGGCAAACUAGCUGUGAUCCAAGGUGUCACCACCAAAGAGUUGUAUCCAGAGUUUGGUCUGGACGUGAAUGACUGAGCAGCACCCAGGGACAGUGUGGCCAUGAUAAACCCCAAGAGCCCAACCAGCACACCUACAGAGUUUCUAGUGAGAAAAUGCCAGAAGCACUUUUCUAGAGAGCCCAAGAUGAAUCGGAAGGAGCCUAGAGGAGAGGAGGGCCGGGAGGAAGGGGCGUUCCCAGCUCCAAGGUUCCUGAAAUGUUGUAGUGAUACUUGUAUAGGGGUACAUGUAUUUUAUUUGUCAAUAAACAUAUACUGAUUCUCUCUA